AUGUUAGUGAAGAUAUCUGUUGGCAUCAUUCUGGAAAUCUUCCAUGAGUGCGAGCGCCAGGGCUUCCAGCUGCGCGUCCCAGGCUCUACAGGGUGCAGCGGGCCGCGCAGGGCCUGGCCUGGGCGGGAGAGCUGCUAGGAGAAUGCCAGAGGCUGGGCCGGAAAGUGCGGGUGUGGCCCGCGACUAGCAGGCAGCAUGUUCUCGACGCGCCGUGGCCGCGGAGUAACCGUCCACUGCGCGCCCGGGGCGCCUGUCAAGGCCACGCGGCCACCCCCACUGGCUCUUCUGCCGUGGGGUCUCCCCUGGUACACCAGCAGCGCGGCCCCCAGCAAUUCUGUGCUCAGAGGUCGCGGGGAGGUUCACGGAGUCCCUGCGCAGCACAGGCCUUCGCAGUUUGACAAGAAAAUCCUGGUGUGGACCGGGCGAUUCAAAUUGAUGGAAGAGAUCCCGCCUCGGGUCCCGCCAGAAAUGAUAGACACUGCAAGAAACAAAGCUCGAGUGAAAGUUUGUUACGUAAUGAUUGGACUCACAAUUAUUGCCUGCUUUGCUGUGACAGUGUCAGCCAAAAGGGCUGUAGAACGACAUGAAUCCUUAGCAAGUUUGAACUUGGCAAAGAAGGCUAAGUUGCGUGAAGAAACCGCAUUGGCUGCACAGGCUAAAGCAAAAUGA